UUCAGGUGCGCGCUGUUCCCAACUUUACAAAGAAAUUCGUUCCCAGUUCAUACAACCGCCUUACAACAAAAGAGCUGGCUAGCCGACAACUUUCUUGUUCCGUAAAUCAUUAAAAUGUCUACAACGAUCGAUCGCGAAAAAGAGUGUCCAUUCCUGCUGAGAAUCUUUACAAGAAACGGUGGCCAUCACACUACCAACGAAUUCCAAGUCGACAGCGUACCAACAUCGGAUGAACUUCAAUUAUAUACCUGGAGAAAUGCAACACUGGAAGAACUUGCACAACUUAUUCAAGAAGUGGUACCAGAAGCCAAACACCCUGACGCUCGUGUCGCGUUUCGAUUAAUUUACCUCGACAGUCAGCGCGCCGUUUAUCGCUCACGCGACAUUGGACGUGUUGUGAAUAUCAAACCUACAGCAGAUCAGACAAAGACUUUGGAUGAUUGCAAUUUCUUUAUUGGCGACUUUCUGGAUGUGGCAAUCUAUAUCGGUCCUCCACCAAUAAAUAAAAUGCGGCGUAACAGCGAUUGGGGACGCGAUGGCGGUAACGGUGCACGGGACAGACGCCCUGGUGGUCGAUUCGGUAGUGGUGGUGCAAGAGAUGGACGGUUCCGACGAGACGAUCGACCCUUUGGUGGACGACGCGACCGUUUUUAAAAUAAAACAUACAACACAUGAGACUUCUCACUUUAUCCGACCUUUGAACGCAAACUCGCACCUUGAAUAAAAGAAAAGGACUGGUCGUUUAUAUAUUUUUAUCCACUCAUACAUGUGAAAGAAGCAAAAAAGAGAAAUAAAUGCCAUUUGUAAUUAGGAGUGCUUCCCUGUGAUAAGUGAUUGACAUACUAUGAAAGGCGAGUUAUUUUUAAUGCUAUAUUAAAUGCUUGUCAGCAGCGACCACGUUUAUCACGAUCGG